AUGGCUGCUCAUGGUACACAGUCUUAUAUAAUGAGAAGAGAGAGAAAAAGGAGAAACAUAACUGGAGAGAGCGCGAGAGAGAGAGAAAGUGUCACGAGAGAGAUGUUGUGAAAGAGAGAGAGAGAGCUCUGUGGUUAAAGUGCUUUAGUGAAAGUGUUGUAUGAUGCAUUAGAUUGUUCAUAUGGACUGAGCUUCUCUCUCUGGCCCAGGCAUGGACAACAUGGACCGAGGUUUCUUCCGGAAGGUGGACGUGCCAGACCACGCUCAUUACAUCGUAGCCUGCUUUGUUGUGGUGAUCGGAGCGGUGGGGGUCGGUGGGAACGCCCUGGUGAUGUACGCCUUCUUCAGGUAGGCCACAGUACCUGAGGGAAGAUUACCUGUUGGAGAAGAGAGGACAAGUGUUUCUAGCUUGGGUACAAGUCUGUUUAUGCUCUCUUGCAGAUCUGCACCCAGGCUGAUGUGUUUCUGUUUUUUCCCCUCAAAACCAGUUUUUUUUUUAUUCAACAAAGUAAUUUCUAAGUGUUUGCAGAAGAGAUUUGUCCAUGCAGGGUAUUUGGAUUUUUGAAGAACAGGCAUGCCUCACAUUUCAACUACAUCUUCUAUUUCCCAGAUUUUCACACCCUUUGGUUUCAGCUCUGUGAUUUGUCCUCAUCUGCCUGCUCUUUACAGAAUCCUAUCCUUUCAAAUUCCUAAAAACUGUUUGUGUUCAGGUCUUCGGUAAUGGUGUAGUCACUAUUCAUAAAUCAUUGUCCCUGGUUCAUCAUUGGCCAGCUGAGAGAAAGUGAACCUCAAAGGUUGCAGCAGGAUGACGUGUUUGAUUGAACAAUGAAGAGUGGUGUGAUCUUGAGCGUCAUGUGUUUUGACAUGGUACUGUUCUGACACUAAGACUUAUUUUCGACGGUGCUCGAAGCGACAGAGUGAGGCUUGCUAAUGCUGGGUGACAGACGGAAGUCAUGCAUUGUCCGGCUGGCUGGCCUGGCGUGGUGGUGACACAUCACUGAUUUACUUUUAGUUCACGUUGAACAACAAACUGGAGCUCUCAGAUAUAGAACUAAUGAAUGGCAUGCCAAACAUACAGCUGUCUAUUUUACAUGUAAUUCACCAAAAUAAAAAUAAACAAAUAAUAGGAGUUAUGUGGCUGGGUGUUUCAACUAUUGAGUUCUCGAGGACCACCGUGUAUUUUGGUUCUUAUCCCUACUCUCAAAUCAUGAAGUGUUUCAUAGUUGGAGAGAAGACAUUCCUCUAGACACUGUGACCCUUCAUAGACCCCGUUCAUGGAAGGCAUUAGAGAAAUCUACUAUACAUAUUGUACCAUUCAGUCAAAGUAGCAAAGGUGCAGGAAGAUUAGAGACCACAGUGAAGAAGAAAGUCUCUGCUAAUUUCAGUAAUUUCAUGUUCUUAACUUUCGGUCAUAGCAAACCUUUGACAGAGCUGAUGUAGUAGCUAGGUCUACUACUGCUUUGACCGAAAACAAUGCACAUUAAAUUACUGAUCUAAGAGCACAGAGACAUUUUCUCUUCCACUAAGGCAUGACAUACCUAUGAUAGUUGAUUUGAUUUGGAUUUGUUUUGUUAUUGUCAUAUGCACAGGCUACCUACUUAUUUGAAUGCUUGAAAAUGUGUGAUCCAAUUCAUUUUGUUCACAGUUCUACAGCGAUAUCCCAUUCUAACAUGUGUUUAAUUUCUACCUGAGCAAAGAGCUUUGAUUUUAUUUUAUUUCGGAUCCCCAUUAGCCCCAUUGGCGACAUCUAGUCUUACUGGGGUCUGACACAUAACGAAAAAAUACUUUACAUGUUAAUAUUUUUAAAUGUAUGUAAAUUGUAGACAUUCCAAACUUGAACUGUAUAAAGUGCUUAUGUAAAUAAGGUAUUUUUUUGUUUUAAUACAUUUUCAAAAAUGUCUAAAAACCUGUUUUUGCUUUGUCAUUAUGGGGUAUUGUGUGCAGAUUGAUGAGGAAAACAUUUAAUUUGAUCCAUUUUAGAAAAAAGGCUGUAACGUAACAAAAUGUUGAAAAGGUCAAGGGGUCUGAAUACUUUCCGAAUGCACUGUAUAUAUAUUUAACAAAUUACGUCAACGGAUUAUAGAGGUCCUGGGCUGGUGUGGUUAUACGUGGUCUGCGGUUCUGAGGCUGGUUGGAUGUACUGCCAAAUUCUCUAAAACGACGUUGGAGGCAGUUUAUGGUAGAGAAAUGAACAUUAUGCUCUCUGGCAACAGCUCUAGUGGACAUUCCUGCAGUCAGCAUGCCAAUUGCACGCUCCCUCAAAACUUUAGACAUCUGUGGAAUUGUGACAAAAUUGCACGUCCAGAGGCAGCAAAGCAUCCCCAAACCAUCACACCACCACCACCAUGCUUGACCUUUGGUAUGAUGUUCUUACUGUGGAAUGAAGUGUUUGGUUUUCGCCAGGCAUAAUGGGACCCAUCUCGUCCAAAAAGUUGACUCAAGUUUGCCAAAAAGCACCUGGAUGAUCAUCAAGACUCUUGGAAGAACGUUCUAUGGACAGAUGAUUCAAAAGUAUAACUUUUUGGACGACAUGGUUCUAGUAAUGUCUGGCGAAAACCAAACUGCAUUCCACAGUAAGAACAUCAUACCAAAGGUCAAGCAUGGUGGUGGUGGUGUGAUGGUUUGGGCAUGCUUUGCUGCCUCAGGACCUGGACGACUUGCCUUAAUAGAAGGAACCAUGAAUUCUGCUCUGUAUCAGAGAAUUCUACAGGAGAAUGUCAGACCAUCCGUCUGUGAGCUGAAGCUGAAGCGCAGCUGGGUCAUGCAGCAAGACAAUGAUCCAAAACACACAAUCAAGUCUACAUGAAAAUUGCUAAAAAGCAACAAAUUGGAAGUUUUGGAAUGGCCUAGUCAAAGUCCAGACCUAAUCCCAAUUGAGAUGUUGUGGCAGGACUUGAAACGAGCAGUUCAUGCUUGAAAACCCACACGUAAAGCAGUUCUGCAUGGAAGAGUGGACCAAAAUUCCUCCACAGCGACGUGAGAGACUGAUCAACAACUACAGGAAGUAUUUGGUUGGAGUCAUUGCAGCUAAAGGUUGCACAACCAGUUAUUGAGUGUAAGGGGCAAUUACUUUUUCACACAGGGGAAUUGGGUGUUGCAUAACUUUGUUUAUGAAAUAAAUGAAAUAAAUAUGUAAUUGUUGUGUUAUUUGUUCACUUAUGUUCCCUUUAUCUAAUAUUAGGUUUUGGUUGAAGAUCUGAUUGUCACGUUCGUUGAGUACAGGAUUGGACCAAGGUGCAGCGUGGUAUGCAUACAUGUUCGUUUAUUAAAUAAACACUGAACAAAACAACAAGAGCAACAUAACGUGAAGUUCUAAAGGCUAACAUCAAACAAGCCAAACACACAGAAACAAGAUCCCACAACAUAGGUAGGCAACAUGGCUGCCUAAGUAUGAUCCCCAAUCAGAGACAACGAUCGACAGCUGCCUCUGAUUGGGAACCACACCCGGCCAAAAUAGAUCUACAAUAUCUAGAAUCUUACACAUAGAAAUUCACACCCUGACCAAACCAACUAAAGAAAACCGGGCUCUCAAUACCAUUGCGUGACACUGAUAACAUUCAGUAUCACAAAUAUGCAAAAGUAGAGAAAAUUAGAAAGGGGGCAAAUACUUUUUCAUAGCACUGUAUAUACACACUGAGUAUACAAAACAUUAAGAACACCUGCUCUUUCCAUGACAUAGACUGACCAGGUGAAUCCAGGUGAAAGCUAUGAUCCCUUAUUGAUGUCACUUGUUAAAUCCACUUCAAUCAGUGUAGAUGAAGGGGAGGAGAAGUUAAAGAAGGAUUUUUAAGCCUUGGACAUGGAACGCUUUGACACCUUGUAGAGCCCAUGCCCAAACGAAUUGAGGCUGGUCUGAGGGAAGAAGAGGGGGGUGCAACUCAAUAUUAGGAAGGCGUUCCUAAUGUUUGGUAUAUUCAGUGUAUAUAAAACAUUAAGAAUACCUGCUCUUUCCAUUCACAUUUCCAGGGGAAUCCAGGUGAAAGCUAUAAUCCGUUAUUGACGUCACUUGUUAAAUCCACUUCAAUCAGUGUAGAUGAAGGGGAGGAGACAGGUUAAAGAAGGAUUUUUAACCCUUGAGGCAAUUGAGACAUGGAUUGUGUAUGUGUGCCAUUCAGACAGUGAAUGGGCAAGACAAAAUUUUUAAGUGCCUUUGUGUGUGUGUGUGUGUGUGUGUGUGUGUGUGUGUGUGUGUGUGUGUGUGUGUGUGUGUGUGUGUGUGUGUGCGCGCGCACGCGUCCAUCUAUCAGUUAUACAUACACGUCAGUACAUACACAUACAAAGUAGGCCACAUGGGGGAGAGGUGUUGUGCCGUGAGGUGUUGCUUUAUUUGUUUUCUGAAUCCAGGUUUGCUGUUCCCUUGCGCUAUAUGAGAUGGAAGAGCUCACUAGGCUGUACAUAGCUACAGUUUAGGUCAUCUGGUAGGAGCGUGUCUGACGCCGAGCUAGGGGCUUUAUUCUGCUAGCUGUCAGUGUGGCUGACUCCACACGGCAGUAGCGCCAGCUGUGGAGACGGCAGAAGAGACUGCCAGGUUCCCUGGGUGUGCUGCUGACAUGCUUUGUGCAUUAAGAAGAUCCUUGACUAAUGCUGCGACACAGUACUCCCCUGCAACCAUUCAAUCUCUGCUGGAGUCACACUUUUUACCAUUCACCUCCCCCACACAUUGUAUAGAAACACAAUCCACACACACUGUGUUAUAACUAUACUAUAGAAACACACUGUGGUAUAACUAUACUAUAGAAACACACUGUGGUAUAACUAUACUAUAGAAACACACUGUGGUAUAACUAUACUAUAGAAACACACUGUGGUAUAACUAUACUAUAGAAACACACUGUGGUAUAACUAUACUAUAGAAACACACUGUGGUAUAACUACACUAUAGAAACACACUGUGGUAUAACUAUACUAUAGAAACACACUGUGGUAUAACUAUACUAUAGAAACACACUGUGGUAUAACUAUACUAAAGAAACACACUGUGGUAUAACUAUACUAUAGAAACACACUGUGGUAUAACUAUACUAUAGAAACACACUGUGGUAUAACUAUACUAUAGAAACACACUGUGGUAUAACUAUACUAUAGAAACACACUGUGGUAUAACUACACUAUAGAAACACACUGUGGUAUAACUAUACUAAAGAAACACACUGUGGUAUAACUAUACUAUAGAAACACACUGUGGUAUAACUAUACUAUAGAAACACACUGUGGUAUAACUAUACUAUAGAAACACACUGUGGUAUAACUAUACUAUAGAAACACACUGUGGUAUAACUAUACUAUAGAAACACACUGUGGUAUAACUAUACUAUAGAAACACACUGUGGUAUAACUAUACUAUAGAAACACACUGUGGUAUAACUACACUAUAGAAACACACUGUGGUAUAACUAUACUAUAGAAACACACUGUGGUAUAACUAUACUAUAGAAACACACUGUGGUAUAACUACACUAUAGAAACACACUGUGGUAUAACUACACUAUAGAAACACACUGUGGUAUAACUAUACUAUAGAAACACACUGUGGUAUAACUAUACUAUAGAAACACACUGUGGUAUAACUACACUAUAGAAACACACUGUGGUAUAACUACACUAUAGAAACACACUGUGGUAUAACUACACUAUAGAAACACACUGUGGUAUAACUACACUAUAGAAACACACUGUGGUAUAACUAUACUAUAGAAACACACUGUGGUAUAACUAUACUAUAGAAACACACUGUGGUAUAACUAUACUAAAGAAACACACUGUGGUAUAACUAUACUAUAGAAACACACUGUGGUAUAACUAUACUAUAGAAACACACUGUGGUAUAACUAUACUAUAGAAACACACUGUGGUAUAACUAUACUAUAGAAACACAAGGAUGUUUUUUAAACCUAAAAGCAAUGGUGGUGAUUUAAAUGAUAUCACCUUACACCUGUUUUAGUAAUUUUUGUUUUAUGAUAAUAUUAUCUAAUCAUCAUAAUCAUCAAAAGUAAUAAAAUGCUUCAGUACAAGUGCCAUCAUUACAUAACAAAUUCCAAACUCAGUGAAUUUUGAGCUUGAUUAACUUGGACCAUAUGCUACCCUGUGAUGAUGUGUGUGUAUGUGCAAAGGCAAUUAUUUACAUUUCACAUCAAAGGGGAAAGCGAGGGAGGCAUCAGCUUUUUAAUGCUCACUGACACAGAUUUGUCCAGUGUGCAGGAAGAAUUGCACACGUUAUGUAUGACAGCCAUCAAAGACAACUGUCUGUGGACAGUGUGUGUAACUCCAUAUACAGUACUGUAUGUUUCUUUUCAAUUUACACAUUUAAAAGGCCUCCGUGUUUAAAGGGAUACUUCGGGAUAUUAGCAUGCUAGUAGAUACCCAUAGACUUCCAGUCAUUGCACUAACACUAGUUAGCAUUGGCUCGCGAAACUACAUUUAACUUUCUUCAUACUGGACACAGAAACAUACAAUUGUUAUCCACAAGUUCAUCGGACUGGGGAAAAUCCCAAAGUAUCCUUUUAAGAAUGCGUUUUUGUCAUUUCAAAGGGCCGUGAGGUCCUAAUCAUAUGAUGUACAGUACCAGUCAAAAGUUUGGACACACCUACUCAUUCAAGGGUUUUUCUUUAUUUUUACUAUUUUCUACAUUAUAGAAUAAUAUAAUAUAAUAAUAGUGAAGACAUCAAAACUAUGAAAUAACACAUAAUCAUGUAGUAACAAAAAAGGUGUUAAAGAAAUCAAAAUAUAUUUUAUAUUUUAGAUACUUCAAAGUAGCCACCCUUUGUCUUGAUGACAGCUUUGCACACUCUUGGCAUUCUCUCAACCAGCUUCACCUGGAACGAUUUUCCAACAGUCUUAAAGGAGUUCCCAACUUGUUGGCUGCUUUUCCUUCACUCUGCGGUCCAACUCAUCCCACACCAUCUCAAUUGGGUUGAGGUUGGGUGAUUGUGGAGGCCAGGUCAUCUGAUGCAGCACUCCAUCACUCUCCUUCUUGGUCAAAUAGCCCUUAGACAGCCUGGAGAUGUGUUGGGUCAUUGUCCGGUUGAAAAACAAAUGAUAGUCCCACUAAGCCCAAACCAGAUGGGAUGGCGUAUCGCUGCAGAAUGCUGUGGUAGCCAUGCUGGUUAAGUGUGCCUUGAAUUCUAAAUAAAUCACCGACAGUGUCACCAGCAAAGCACCCCCACACCAUAACACCUCCUCCUCCAUGCUUCACGGUGGGAACCGCACAUGCGGAGAUCAUGCGUUCACCUACUCUGCGUCUCACAAAGACACAGUGGUUGGAACCAGAAAUCUCAAAUUUGGACUCAUCAGACCAAAGGACAGAUUUCCACCGGUCUAAUGUCCUUUGCUCGUGUUUCUUGGCCCAAGCAAGUCUUUUCUUCUUAUUGGUGUCCUUUAGUAGUGCUUUCUUUGCAGCAAUUCGACCAUGAAGGCCUGAUUCAUGCAGUCUCCUCUGAACAGUUGAUGUUGAGAUGUGUCUGUUACUUGAACUCUGUGUAGCAUUUAUUUGGGCAGCAAUCUGAGGUGCAGUUAUCUCUAAUGAACUUAUCCUCUGCAGCAGAGGUAACUCUGGGUCUUCCUUUCCUGUGGCGGAAAACCAGUUUCAUCGCAAAAGCUUGAUGGUUUUUGCGACUGCACUUGAAGAAAUGUUCAAAGUUCUUGAAAUGUUCCGCAUUCACUAACCUUCGUGUCUUAAAGUAAUGAUGGACUGUUGUUUCUCUUUGCUUAUUUCAGCUGUUCUGUUCAGAAUAUGGAUCUUUAGGGUUAUCUUCUGUAUACCACCCCUACCUUGUCACAACACAACUGAUUGGCUCAAGUGCAUUAAGAAGAGCAUCUAUUACCUUCAUUACCACCCUCUCCUCCUUGUACUCCUCAUCCUCUCUGUUAGUAAUGCGUCCUUUGUGUUUAGUUAAGGACCUCAGAGAGAUGCCUGGAGACCAUUGAAACGAUUGCAUCACGUCUCCUCUUUGAUUUGUGCACAUCAAAUUGCAGAUCCACAUGAGUGCAUGGCAGCAUAGCUUCCUCCUACUGAAGCUGGCAACAACUGCAAUGCGCCGCUCUCCACUAAUCCAACAUGUCACUUCUCUAUCUAAACGUUGUUAACAUUAUUUAGCACAAAACACUCAGAACAGAUAUCAGGCCAUGUUCACAGUGGGAGGCCAGAGGGCAGAGGGCAGAGGGCAGAGGUCACUCACUCACCCAUUCACACACUCUCAAGCAAAAUAUGUGGAUUUUUCCAUGCCAUUGGAUAUGACUUACUAACUUUGAUUGACCCUCUGUAUUUGUAUUGGGCCGGCCUGUCUGAUUUCCCCUGAUGCUGUGAGCCAGUCUAGUUUCUUGGAAAACAGGAGGUAUUUCUAGGUAGGGGAUGACCCCUGCUGCUAGGAGGGAUAAUGGUGAGUGUAUUGACUCUGGGCGAGGCGAGAGUGAGGGAUUGGUCUGGUGAGGAGGAGACUGGGGAGGUGGCUGGUUGUCAGCAGGUGAUGGCUGAUCGCUGAGCAUCACUUAUGCUGAAUUGUGUUUGUGGUAGGAUUAAUGGGCAACUUUAAUCAAAAUAACAGUCAUGGAUGCGUGUAAUGAUAAUUCACCCACUCAGACUCUACAUCCUGAAUUAGAAUGGUUGGCAGAGAGUGAGAAACAUUCACUUUAAGGAAUUCAGUUCACAUAGGGGAGUGGGGUCGGGGAGGUAGUUAGCAAACUGAGUGUGGGGUCAUGUUCCAGUGGUUGCACUUUUUGACUAACGUGAAAGUACAGCAUCGCAUCCUUGCCUUUUGACAUUAUCUUUAUUUCAUUACCUGGAUAGAAGCUAUUCUGUUAUAAUGCUAAAGCUUUAGUGAUAAAGAUAAAUGUAAAUUCUUAAAUGAGUAGUAAGCUAAUGACAAUGAAUAGAUUUUUUGAAAUCAUAAAGACUGUAUAUUUGUUCUGUAUUUCAGUAACAAGAAGCUCCGGACUCCUCCCAACUAUUUCAUCAUGAAUCUGGCAGUGAGUGACUUCCUCAUGGCCAUCACACAGUCCCCUAUCUUCUUUGUCAACUGUCUCUACAAGGAGUGGGUUUUUGGAGAAACAGGUACUUUUACCUUCAUCCCAUAAGUUUGGUAAAAUACCCACAUCAGAUCAGUUGUCUUAAUGGAAAGCUUCAGCUACUUUGGUCAUUUGAGCUUAAUUACGCUGUCCAUACUGAACAAAAAAUACUAAUCAAAUUAAUUCUGUGGAAAUUCCAUCUCUCUGCAUCACUAAUUUUCUAUCCUCUGAGAUUACUCAGAUUGUAAGAUCUCUAAAUGAUUUAUGUUCAGGCUGUAAGAUGUACGCCUUCUGUGGGGCUUUAUUUGGGAUCACCUCCAUGAUCAACCUGCUGGCUAUCUCCAUUGACCGCUAUAUCGUCAUCACCAAGCCCCUACAGGCCCUCCACUGGACCUCUAAACGCCGCACCUCCGUCGUCAUCGUCAUUGUCUGGCUCUAUUCGCUGGCCUGGAGUCUGGCGCCUCUCCUGGGCUGGAGUGAGUUCCCUCCACUUACGCCAUCCUUUUGGGUGCCAGUUUUCUGACUGUUUCUGCUGUCUUGCCAACUUCUUAGGGAAUUGUCAUGCCAUGUUUUGCUAGACAAUGACACUAAUGGAGUUGGCAAGAGCCCAAACAGAUCUGGGACCAGACUACCAUCCUUUUAUCUUAUCUCUACAACUCUCUCACUUUCCUAUCACUCUUCCUCUUCUCUCUACAGGUGUACUGAUACAAUAAUAUCCUCUCUCUUUCUCAAACACUUGAUCCCCAACCCUUACUCUGACUGUAACCUUAAUCCCAACCCUAACCCUUACCCCAACCGUGACCUGAACCUUAACCCUAACCCCAACACUAAUCCUAACCCAUUGUCCCUCUCCAGGUUCCUAUAUCCCUGAGGGCCUGAUGACCUCCUGUACGUGGGAUUAUGUGACCUCCACACCAGCCAAUAGGAGCUACACUCUGAUGCUAUGCGUCUUUGUGUUCUUCAUCCCACUUGGCAUCAUCUCCUACUGCUACCUCUGCAUGUUCCUGGCCAUACGCACCGCCAGUAGGUAAGCUGAUACAUUCACACAACCAUGCCCCUGUGCAGUGGUGGAAAAAGUACUCAGUUAUCAUACUUGAGUAAAAAUAAAGAUACCUUAAUAGAAAAUGACUCAAGUAAAAGUUAAAGUCACCCAGUAAAAUACUACUUGAGUAAAAGUCUAAAAGUAUUUGGUUUUAAAUACACUUAAGUAUCAAAAGUAAAUGUAAUUGCUAAAAUGUUCUUAAGUAUAAAAAGUAAAAGUAUGAAUAAUUUAAAAUCCCUUAUAUUAAGCUAACCAGACAACACAAUUUUCUUGUUUUAUAAAUGUACGGAUAGCCAGGGGCACACUCCAACACUCAGACAUCAUUUGCAAAUGAAGCGUUUGUGUUUAGUGAGUCCGCCAGAUCAGAGGCAGUAGGGAUGACAAGGGUUGUUCUCUUGAUAAGUGUGUGAAUUGGACCAUUUUCUGUCCUGCUAAGCAUUCAAAAUGUAAUGAGUACCACCUGGUCGUGCUGCUGCUCCAGUUUAAACUGUUCUGCCUGCGGCUAGGGAACCCUGACCUGUUCACCGGAUGUGCUACCUUGUCCCGGACCUGCUGUUUUCAACUCUCUCUCUCUCUACCACACCUGCUGUCUCGACCUCUGAAUGCUUGGCUAUGAAAAGCCAACUGACAUUUACUCCUGAGGUACUGACCUGUUGCACCCUCUACAACCACUGAUUAUUAUUUGACCCUGCUGGUCAUCUAUGAACGUUUGAACAUCUUGAAGAACAAUCUGGCCUUAAUGGCCAUGUACUCUUAUAAUCUCCAACCGGCACAGCCAGGAAAAGACUGGCCACCCCUCAGAGCCUGGUUCCUCUCUAGGUUUCUUCCUAGGUUCCUGCCUUUCUAGGGAGUUUUUCCUAGCCACCGUGCUCCUACAUCUGCAUUGCUUGCUGUCUGGGGUUUUAGGCUGGGUUUCUGUAUAGCACUUUGUGACAUCUGCUGAUGUAAAAAGGGCUUUAUAAAUACAUUUGAUUGAUUGAUUGAUUUUGGGUGUCAGGGAAAAUGUAUGGAGUAAAAAGUACAUUAUUUAUUUUCUUUAGGAAUGUAGUGAAGUAAAAGUAAAGGUUGUCAAAAAUAUAAAUAGUAACGUAAAGUUACUUAAGCACACAUCCAGAUGAUGGGGCCCUCUGUUUGUCUGUCUUCCUCUGACAUCUCCUUCAUCUACUCUCCGAUGCCCACAGAGACAUGGAGAAGCUGGGCAGUCAGGUGAGGAAGUCCACCCUCAUCCAGCAGCAGUCCAUCAAGACAGAGUGGAAGCUGGCCAAGAUCGCCUUUGUGGUCAUCAUCGUCUAUGUGAUGUCCUGGUCUCCCUACGCCUGCGUCACCCUCAUCGCCUGGGCUGGGUAACUAUCGAGUUUUGAAUGGGGUUCAGGUCCCAUAUUCAUAAAGCGUCUCAGUAGGAGUGCUGAUCUAGGAUACGUUUAGCCUCUUUCUAGAUAAUUAUGAAUAAGAUGACAUGGACAUGGGGGAUCUGAUCCUUGAUCAGCACUCGUACUCUGAAAAGCUUUAUGAAUUACGGGCCACGAUCUACACUACAUGGCCAAAAGUAUGUUCACACCUGCACAUCGAACAUCUCAUUCCAAAUUCAUGGGCAUUAAUAUGGAGUUGGUCCCCCCUUUACUGCUAUAACAGCCUCCACUCUUCUGGGAAGGCUUUUCACUAGAUGUUGGAACAUUGCUGCGGGGACUUGCUUCCAUUCAGCAACAAGAGCAUUGGUGAGAUCGAGUACUGAUAUUGGGCUAUUAGGCCUGGCUCGCAGUCGGCGUUCCAAUUCAUCCCAAAGGUGUUCGAUGGGGCUCUGUGCAGGCCAGUCAAGUUCUUCCACACCAAUCUCUAAAAACAAUUUCUGUAUGGACCUCGCGUUUUGCACAGGGGCAUUGUUAUGCUGAAACAGGAAAGGGCCUUCCUCAAACUGUUGCCACAAUGUUGGAAGCACAGAAUCGUCUAGAAUGUCAUUGUAUGCUGUAGCAUUAAGAUUUCCCUUCACUGGAACUAAGUGGCCUAGCCCGAUCCAUGAAAAACAGCCCCAGACCAUUAUUCCUCCUCCACCAAACUUUACAGUUGGCACUAUGCAUUCGGGCAGGUAGCGUUCUCCUGGCAUCCGCCAAACUCAGAUUCGUCCGUCGGACUGCCAGAUGGUGAAGCAUGAUUCAUCACUCCAGAGAACGCAUUUCCACUGCUCCAGAGUCCAAUGGUGGCGAGCUUUACACCACUCCAGCCGAAACUUGGUAUUGCGCAUGGUGACCUUAGGCUUGUGUGCGGCUGCUCGGCCAUGGAAACCCAUUUCAUGAAGCUCCCGACGUACAGUUCUUGUGCUGACGUUGCUUCCAGAGGCAAUUUGGAACUCGGUAGUGAGUGUUGCAACAGAGGACAGAUGAUUUUUACGCGCUUCAGCACUCGCCGGUCCCGUUCUGUGAGCUUGUGUGGCCUACCACUUUGCGACUGAGCCAUUGUUGCUCCUAGACAUUUCCACUUCACAAUACCAGCACUUACAUUUGACAGGGACAGCUCUAUCAGGGCAGAAAUUUGACAAACUGUCUUGUUGAAAGUCACUGAGCUCUUUAGUAAGGCCACUCUACUGCCAGUGUUUGUCUAUGGAGAUUGCAUGGCUGUGUGCUCGAUUUUAUACACCUGUUAGCAACGGGUGUGGCUGAAAAGCCGAAUCCACUAAUUUGAAGGGGUGUCCAUAUACUUUUGUGUAGUGUACUUGUUGAGUCUCUUAGGCAAUGAUUAUAGUUAGAAGGCGCAUGUGAUCUGGGUAUGAAAGAUCAGGAGUCAUGAAUAGGGGUUUUAUCUGACUGUGUUGAUACAGAUAUGAAGCUGAGAAUUGUUGUUGCUGCAGAACUUUGGGGUAAUGCAGAAGAAUUGGUGAUACAUUCUCUCCGAAUCGCACUCCAAAUCCUCAGAGUAAGGCUGGGAUUGGUUCGGAAUGGCAGGCACGUCUGUCGAAGAGGUGAGAGUCUGAGACAGACGGUUUUGGGAGUUUAGAAACGCUGUCAGGGUCAGAGACUGUUUGAAACAGAUGUUUUUUAGAGUUGUGUAUGGGGAGCAUCCUGUAUGUACUGCAGCAGUUUAGGCAUGCGUGUACUGUUCAGGCCUUGCUCACACCUCCAGGAGAGUGGAUGUUAAGAGAUGGAGUGCAGUCUGUCGGAGAGAAAGGGAUUAUCAAGCGAAUGAUUCCUCCUGCUCACUCCAUCUUUGGGCCACUGCCGAGCCAUACAAACAGGCUGCACCUAGGCAGGCAGUGCAAACAGACUGACCAAGGCACAGACAGGCAGGGACUGGCCAACGCAUGACUGACCAUCCACAGACAUACUGUACACACACAUACAGUUAAGACUACAAUCGUAUUGUUAGAGGGUGGAAGCAGAGCAGAAUGGCAUACUGUCAGUAAAACCUGAGGGGUACAGAUUACUUUACAUACCUGUGAGGCUUGUAGUGUCCUAUUCAUGUUAUCUCUCCUAUCAGCUAUGGAAGUGCCCUCAGUCCCUAUUCCAAGGCCGUCCCUGCUGUCAUUGCCAAAGCCUCAGCCAUCUAUAACCCUUUCAUCUAUGCCAUCAUCCACUCUAAGUACAGGUGAGUACAGUCAUUUCAAUGUCUUCCUCCACUAGGGCACAACUCAAAACACCUUGGGAGAAUCUCAGUUUCAUACUCCUCACGUCUUUUCUCCUCUCUCCUCGCCUCCUUCUCAAAACCCAUUGGAGGAGAAGGUCAGAGGGGAGGGACCUCUAGCUUUCUCAUCCAUUGGGUUUUGAGAAGGAUGCGAGGAGAGAGGACGCAAGGAGUACGCAGUCGAGAUUCUCCCCCUAGGUAUGUACUGUCCUAACCUGUCAUGACCUAAGGUUUGUUUUGGAAAGUUGCCCCCAGGGCUCCUUUGGUGUGAUUGGGCUUGGCCGUCCAGAUGAGACUCCUUUAACAACUGACUUGUUAACUUACAACUGGCUUAGGUAAUGAUGACAAUAAGGAGGGUUUGGUUUCUGCAUGCUCCUUCACCACUCUCCUUUCCUUUCUCCUUUGUUGACUCUCCCAUACAGAGACACUCUGGCAGAGAAGGUUCCCUGUCUGCACUUCCUGGCCCAGCCCCCCAGGAAGGGCUGUAUCUCGGUGUCCAACAGCGAGUCCUCCUUCAGGGACCCUAUGCUCAGUAGACAGUCCUCCACCUCCAAGACCAAGUUCCAUAAAGUGUCCUCUGUGUUCACCGGAGACACAGUGAGUUGGUGUGGGUAGGGGUAGAUAGAUGCUGCACGAUAUAACAAGAAUAGUUGUCUCACGUUGCCAGGCACACACAAAGACUGGAGUUAAGGCUACAUGAAAAUAAAUGUUCAAACGCAGCAAUGCACUGCUUUGUUGUACUACAAUCCAUUAUGUUGUAUGUAUGUUUCUGAGAAAAUUCAUAAAUAUGUUGCCCACAAAAAAGAAAAACACAGCAGUGCAGUACAGUUUACUGAACAUGUAAUCUGGACAAAACCAUCAAGUGUGUGAGGUCUUUUAACUAUGUCACUAUGUAAACGGCAAGGUGGCUGGCCCUUGAGGAAGGCACUUCACCCUAAUUUUCUCCAGGGGAGCUGUACUACUAUGGCUGACCCUGUAAAACAACACAUUUCACUGCACCUAUCUGGUGUAUGUGACAAUAUCUAUAUCUAUCUAUAUAUAUAUAUAUAUAUAUAUAUAUAGAUGUUUAUAUGUUUUACUGUCACAUACACCAGAUAGCUGCAGUGAAAUGUGUUGUUUUACAGGAUUCGCCUAUAUAUACAGUGGGGAGAACAAGUAUUUGAUACACUGCCGAUUUUGCAGGUUUUCCUACUUACAAAGCAUGUAGAGGUCUGUAAUUUUUUGUCAUAGGUACACUUCAACUGCGAGAGACGGAAUCUAAAACAAAAAUCCAGAAAAUCACAUUGUAUGAUUUUUAAGUAAUUAAUUUGCAUUUUAUUGCAUGACAUAAGUAUUUGAUACAUCAGAAAAGCAGAACUUAAUAUUUGGUACAGAAACCUUUGUUUGAAAUUACAGAGAUCAUACGUUUCCUGUAGGUCUUGACCAGGUUUGCACACACUGCAGCAGGGAUUUUGGCCCACUCCUCCAUACAGACCUUCUCCAGAUCCUUCAGGUUUCGGGGCUGUCGCUGGGCAAUACGGACUUUCAGCUCCCUCCAAAGAUUUUCUAUUAGGUUCAGGUCUGGAGACUGGCUAGGCCACUCCAGGACCUUGAGAUGCUUCUUACGGAGCCACUUCUUAGUUGCCCUGGCUGUGAGUUUCGGGUCGUUGUCAUGCUGGAAGACCCAGCCACGACCCAUCUUCAAUGCUCUUACUGAGGGAAGGAGGUUGUUGACCAAGAUCUCGCGAUACAUGGCCCCAUCCAUCCUCCCCUCAAUACGGUGCAGUCGUCCUGUCCCCUUUGCAGAAAAGCAUCCCCAAAGAAUGAUGUUUCCACCUCCAUGCUUCACGGUUGGGAUGGUGUUCUUGGGGUUGUACUCAUCCUUCUUCUUCCUCCAAACACGGCGAGUGGAGUUUAGACCAUAAAGCUCUAUUUUUGUCUCAUCAGACCACAUGACCUUCUCCCAUUCCUCCUCUGGAUCAUCCAGAUGGUCAUUGGCAAACUUCAGACGGGCCUGGACAUGCGCUGGCUUGAGCAGGGGGACCUUGCGUGCGCUGCAGGAUUUUAAUCCAUGACGGCGUAGUGUGUUACUAAUGGUUUUCUUUGAGACUGUGGUCCCAGCUCUCUUCGGGUCAUUGACCAGGUCCUGCCGUGUAGUUCUGGGCUGAUCCCUCACCUUCCUCAUGAUCAUUGAUGCCCCACGAGGUGAGAUCUUGCAUGGAGCUGCAGACCGAGGGUGAUUGACCGUCAUCUUGAACCACUUCCAUUUUCUAAUAAUUGCGCCAACAGUUGUUGCCUUCUCACCAAGCUGCUUGCCUAUUGUCCUGUAGCCCAUCCCAGCCUUGUGCAGGUCUACAAUGUUAUCCCUUACACAGAUCUCUGGUCUUGGUCAUUGUGGAGAGGUUGGAGUCUGUUUGAUUGAGUGUGUGGACAGGUGUCUUUUAUACAGGUAACGAGUUCAAACAGGUGCAGUUAAUACAGGUAAUGAGUGGAGAACAGGAGAGCUUCUUAAAGAAAAACUAACAGGUCUGUGAGAGCCGGAAUUCUUACUGGUUGGUAGGUUAUCAAAUACUUAUGUCAUGCAAUAAAAUGCAAAUUAAUUACUUAAAAAUCAUACAAUGUGAUUUUCUGGAUUUUUGUUUUAGAUUCCGUCUCUCACAGUUGAAGUGUACCUAUGAUAAAAAUUUCAGACCUCUACAUGCUUUGUAAGUAGGAAAACCUGCAAAAUCGGCAGUGUAUCAAAUACUUGUUCUCCCCACUGUAUAUAUAUAUAUAUAUACUACCAGUCAAAAGUUUGGACACACCUACUUAUUCAAGGGUUUUUCUUUAUUUUGUAAAAAAAAAAUUACAUUGUAGAAUAAUAGUGAAGACAUCAAAACGAUGAAAUAACACAUAUGGAAUCAUGUAGUAAACAAAAAAGUGUUAAACAAAUCUAAAUAUAUUUUAUAUUUGAGAUUCUUCAAAUAGUCACCCUUUGUCUUGAUGACAGCUUUGCACACUCUUGGCUUUCUCUCAACCAGCUUCACCUGGAAUGCUUUUCCAACAGUUUUGAAGGAGUUCCCACAUAUGCUGAGCACUUGUUGGCUGCUUUUCUUUCACUCUGCGGCCCUACUCAUCCCAAACCAUCUCAAUUGGGUUGAGGUCAGGGGAUUGCGGAGGCCAGGUCAUCUGAUGCAGCACUCCAUCACUCUCCUUCUUGGGAAAAUAGCCCUUACACAGCCUGGCGGUGUGUUGGGUCAUUGUCCUGUUGAAAAACAUAUGAUAGUCCCACUAAGCCCAAACCAGAUGGGAUGGCGUAUCGCUGUAGAAUGCUAUGGUAGCCUUACUGGUUAAGUGUGAGAAUUUUGCAUUGUUUCACACCUGAAACAGCUUUUUCCUGCAAUCUAUAGCCAUAAUCAUUAUGUUUAAUGUCAAAAUUAUGUAUUCUUUCUGCAUAUCUAAGCAUACCUCUUGAGCUGUCUGUAUCCUCCUGACUGGUGGUUCUUUUUUUAAAGAAACUAAAUAUGCUUCUCUGCAUCUCUGCUAAAAUCUGGGUAAAAGAUUGAAAGAAAUGUGAGUCUUAUUUAGUUGUUGCUUGCUUUUCUAAAGUCUACCAACCUUGCCACCAGGCAUGCCAGCUAAGAUAGUUAGACAAGGUAGCUAGUCUAACUUGGUUGGUAGCCUGAAAUGGCUUCUAGGUAGCCAGUUAUGAGGUUGGGAGAUUGGGAACCUAUCUGAGCUAGCUAAAGCCAACUUCAUAAAAUGUCUAGGUGGCUAGUAGUAUUACAGAGAAAAAACAAAACAAACAUUUUUAUUUUUUAUUUUUUUAUUUUUUAUAAACAGGACAAAUCUGAGGGGGUACGUGCCCCCUAUGGGCAUAACACACAAUAACUUGACUAUGUGUUUACAUGCUGGUUAGAGCUCAGCUGCUGAGUGAGGACAAAGACUAAAAACCUUUCUGGGGCUGAGACACAAACUGCCUGACACAUCCCAGGGCUCUUUACUAACUGGCUAUCACACACAGGCAUCCAGCAGCACACCAAUAACUUGACUAUGUGUGUACAUGCUAGUUAGAGCUCAGCUGCUGAGUGACCAGCGGCUAUUGGUCUGAUGAUCUCUCUAUGGGGGUUCUGUGUGUUUGGUGUGCGGUGCCCAUGGGGAGAGGUCUGUUGGGGAAACAGGUGUCCCCUGUUAUAUAGGCAUACUUUCUUGAAACGGAAUGUACAGCUAUAUUACAUAUACUGACCAGUGGCUGACUUGGACAUGGCUGACUUGGACCUGGCUGACUUAGCUGACUUGGACCUGGCUGACUUGGACCUGGCUGACUUAGCUGACUUGGACCUGGCUGACUUGGACCUGGCUGACUUGGACCUGUGUUGUGUGUAACUUUCACAGCAGGUGUGGAGUGACGUGGAGCUGGACCCCUUGGACCAGCAGAGCCAGUCUCUGAGAAUCAGCCACUCCUCUGGAGCUCUGAGAGUGAAGGAGUGCAGACAGUCAGCCCAGCAGCAGGCAGGAAAAGGUAAGGUACGUGUUCAAGACAGGAGUGAGUGGGUGGGUAGAGCCUUGCACUGUUUCUGUGGCCAACAGUCACUUAAACACACGUCUUAGGCGCUGUAAAUGCUAUUCUGAAAAUGAUACGAACCUGUCGGGCUGACAGCAGAAUUAGAAAAUAAAACAACAGCUGGUGCCUGAUGUACUCAGGUGCACAGGUGCUUCUAAAAUGUUCAGAAAACAUAAUUAUUUUCAACAAUUUUAAACGCAAUUUGCAAUCAUUUGCAAUGGAACAGACAGAGUUCUUCAAAAUGUAGUUGAGAAGUUACCAUUUGAAAAACAUCCAAAUAUUAGCUAAUUAAAAAUGAUGACGAUGGUAAAAAUGUAAGUCACGCCCCAUUUAUUUGGUGCUCUAAUAGUCUUUGUCCCCCUUAGGCUACUGUCCCCGAGAGGGGCUCACUGAGCAGCUGUGACCACGACCUGGUGUCUGAAUCUAUGACCAGGGAGGAGGCUGGGGAGGGGUGGCAGGAGGAGGAGGGAGCGGAGGAGGAGGAGAAGACCCAGGAGAGAGCCCCCCAGUUAGCUCAGGAGGAGGUGGAGGAGCUCCCCCCCGCCCUACCACCAGCCUCACCCCCCAGGACCCCCAGGACCCUGAACAACAAACACAGAGACUCUGAGGUUCCACACAUCAUCAUCAGCCCCCCGUCAGAGACGAUGGGAACUAUAAGGGGGAGGAGCAUGGAGCACAGACCCGUGAGGAGAACAUGCUACUGGGCCUGCAGAGCUUAA